CUCCAAAGCGCAGUCCGUGCCUCAGUCGAUUGCAAACUUUUUCGUGGAUAGGACGUUUGUGUUCUUCGUGUGAGUCUACCAACUCAAUAUUGCAUUAUGGUAGUGCUGGAUACAUCUAGGUCCAAUACAUCACCCGUAAACAUGAGUCAAUACAUCCAACCGCCACCAAUGGAGUUUGAUUCGAAAUGCAGCCCAUUAGCCAUGCUUACUCAAGCGUGUAACAAGAUCGAAUCCAAUCUGAUGGGCGAGGGUUGUCCUCUACCUUCAUCCAGGCGAACUCUAAGCUCCUCAUCAUCCUCAACUUCACCGUCAUGUAGUGCAGCUGUCAAUAACAACAAUGGCAAUCUUCUCAAGAGCCACUUGAAAUUGGAGACAUUUUCGAGUGGACUUGUAGCCCGACCAAAGUCCUCGUCUACCUCCAUCUCGUCACUGUCACACUUCGUUGCCUGA